CACCGCCAAGUUGAAGAAAGUAAGGCGCGGCUUCUCCAAGAUCGAUGCUGGAGUUAAGGCCAAGGAGUGCAUUAAGAUUUCCCUAGGAUGCAGAGCAGAACCUGAAUACCCUGGCAUGCUUAUAUGAUAGCAGUUUUGAUUUUGGCCUCACUCUUGAUUCUUAAUGACUCAAGCUUCCACUCUGUCCUCGUAAACUUAUUAGAUAAGCAAGCUCAAGAUCUGAUGUUUUCUCUAAUUCUUUUUAAUUGAUUCUCUUCUUCAUUACAUACGUGUUAUUUUCUUUGUAUUGUGUUUAGCUUUAUGUCAGCUUGCACAUGUACUUGAUUGUUUGUGUCUUAGUUUCUAGCAAAGAGGAAGUGGGUUAUGCAGACAGUUUACGUGUCAACCCUGUUGACUUGUAUAGCUUUUUUGAUGGAGAUGGAAAGAUAUAUGGUUACCAAGGAUUGCAGAUUACCAUCUGGGUUAGCAGCAUAUCAUUUCAUGCAUAUGCUGAUAUUACGUUUGAGAGCAAAUCUGAUCGAGGAAAAGGUAUCACAGAUCUGAAAGCUGCUCUUCAGAGAAUUUUCGCUGAGACUCUUGUUGAGAAUAAACAUGAGUUUCUUCAGACUUUUUCCACAGAGAGCAAUCUUAUUAGAUCCAUUAUCUCAAGCGGGGAGAUAUUGAACUACAAAACCUCAAAUGGAAACAUCGCCGAUAGUAAUAGCCAUUUGAAAGCAGCUAAUUCUGAUGUUGAGGUUGUUCGCAUGGUGGUGGGCACUACGGCUGCUGGGCACCUCUACAGUCGCUUGAUACCUCUUGUUCUUCUUCUUGUUGAUGGUAGGAUCCCUAUUGAUGUUAUUGAUCCAAGAUGGGAGUUGUAUGUUUUGAUUCAGAAGAAAACUGAUCGGCAGGACGAUAUUCAAUGCAGAUUGCUUGGUUUUACAGCCAUUUAUCGUUUUUACCAUUAUCCAGACAGUUCUCGAUUGCAACUCAGUCAGAUGCUGGUAUUGCCUCCUUACCAACACCAAGGUUAUGGGGGUUACCUUCUGGAGGUGAUUAAUGAUGUUGCAGUGGCUGAAGAUGUUUAUGACUUGACAGUUGAAAGGCCCUUGGAUUACUUCCAACAUGUGCGCUCCUGCGUUGACGUAUCACGCUUGUUUGAUUUUGAUCCAAUCGAGGGUGCUUUUAUUCAAGCUGUUUCACGCCUUAAGCGAGAUAUACUGUCGAAGAAAAUCCACAUCCCUCGGCUCAUGCCCCCUUCAAGUCUCAUUGAUGAUGUCAGGAGAAGUUUGAAAAUUACCAAAAAGCAGUUUAUCAAGUGUUGGGAGGUUUUAAUCUAUCUUGGUCUUGAUCCUAUUGACGAGUACAUGGAGGAUUUUGUGAGCGUCAUUUCAAAUCGUGUGGAGAAUCACCAUAUCUUGAAGCGAGUAAUUGAAGUUCCAAGUGAUUAUGAUCAGGAGAUGUCGUUUGUCACGCAUAGGUCUCCGGCUGGUGAGGGUGGUAUUGUUCAGAUGGGUUUAAAUCAAACAAAUCUUGAAGAGCAGCUCCGGCAGCGGCAGUUAGUCGACAAGAGGGUGGAAGGAAUCAAGUUAAUUGAACUUGCUGUAUUUGGGUGAAGCAAAAACGCACGCCGGCGUGCGUGCCACGCUAGUGUAAAUUUUUUUUUUUUUUUUUUUUUUUUAUAAUUAAAAAUAAAAAAAUAAAAUUUUUUUACACAGGCAUGCCACGCACACCGCGUGUUGUGUAUCACGGUCCGCUGUAUUUUAAUAGAGAGGAAAAUAGCUAAACCAAAUUACACGUCAAUGAAGUGGAUUGUGCAGUUUGCACGGAUUUUGAAGUUUGUUCCUUAGGAUAGGUACACAAAGCGGCCUGCCUUUUCUUGUAAAAAAAAAUUACAUGUCAAUGACUCA